AUGUCAUCCGCCACUACGCUAACGCCUCACCUCUUUCUCCUCCACAAAACCAACAAUUUUUUCCAUCGCCGCCGCCGCAGCGGCAGCAGGCGGCCGAUUGUCAAGCAAUCGAGACUUCAUCUCGUGAAAUCCUCAUCAAGCCUGCAGGAGGAGAUCAAGGUUCCUCAAAUUGUAUCAAUCCCCAAAUUCGCGCCGGCGGUGCAAAUCCCCAAAUUUGGUGACGGAGCGGCGGAGACUUUUGAGGCGGUGCUGAGGGGGAAUCUGAGGUUUCCGUCAAAGAUUUUCCGUUCUGUGUCGCCGGAGGCUAAGGAUCUGUUGAGGAAGAUGAUCUAUCGAGAUCCUUCUAGAAGGCUCUCCGCCGAGCAAGUUUUGAUGCAUCCAUGGAUCGUAAAUGGAGGAGAGAUGUGAGAUUUGAGUUGUACAGAGAGACAGUGGUCGCAGAAACAGAUGAAUAAUAUAGUAGAUGAAUCCCUCACCCUUUUUCUUUAGAUGAAAAUGACAGAGCACCUCUUUGUUUUGGAGGAGUCGUGGCUUUCGAUCAUCUUUUGUGUUUUGGUGAGAGAUUUGUGCCAAAUUAUGAAUAAAGUUUGCACAU